GCGGGGCCGGAGUGCGGGUGCAUAGAAACACAGCGCCUCUGUGGAUGGAAGUCGCCCGCCGUAGGCACCGUCCUAUCGCCGAGAGAGUUCAGACACUUUCAGUUUCUCUCUGAACAUCCAAAGCAAACACAAAACGCUCGGAUUUCGCACUGAGGUAGGAUACAGUCGCUGUGGAACGUGCGGAAAGUCACAGCUAGCUGUGGUAGCCGUGUUCGCCUAGGCUGUCAGAUGAGUUUAGCUAACUACUGCUUUAUAGAGCUGAAUUGAGAAGAACAGCCUUGCUCCCCCGUUCCAGCACGAUGAAGGUACUCUUUACAAACGCGGUACACACUUACACAUGGAUUUUGAUAUUCCUGUGGGAACUGGAGCAUAAGCCAGCAGCUAUGGAGCCUAAAGACUGUGUUGCCAGCCACGACGUCCCUGUGGCAAUUUUACAAAAAAAGAUUCUUUCUGCAAGAAGCCCAGAGGAUAAAGCAAGAUUUGAGAAGGAACUAGAUGAACUCAUACAGGCGAGAGAAAUAGUCAGAGACGCUAUGAACCAAAUUGUGGAAAAGUGCACAGAUUCUCCUGAAGAAGCUCAACAAGUAAUGAAAGGAAAGAGCUCUGCCCAUAGCAGCAAGACAUAUAAGGAGGUUGUUGAAUACUUCAGAAAGAAAGGCUUUAACUGGCAUGAUCCAAAGUAUCAAACUGCACUACAACAUCUGUAUGUCUUUGCAAACCUAAUUGAGAAGAAGGUUCCAGUGGAACGUAUUAAGGCUGCAAUUGAUGAAGUGAACAUUAACCCGAAGAAAGAAAGGGUGGAAGGUACUGCAUCCCCCAACACUGAGAAUGAAUGAAAUUAACUGCAAACAUAAGAUCUCUGUCUCUGUUUUUUUUACUGGAACUGCUAUAUGCUUGCUUCUCUUGUGGAGUUUUCUUCAUUGUUAUUUUUCAUGCAAACCAUAUUCAAAAGCCAGUUAAUUAAUUGCUUCAUUGUAAUCCAUUUAUGCCCACCUGAUACCGCAGAGUGCAGUAAUACCAGAGCCGGUUUAUGAGGCAUCUGGCCCCUUCCUAUUCCUCCUGUUAUAUCAAAAACAGGACUGCUAAACAGCAGAGGGCACCUGCGUGGGAGUCCUCAAUGAAUGGGAGUAAAUGGCUCUCAACGGCUAACAAACAAAUAGCAAAAAGUUUCUAAUCACUUACCCAGAACGUUUCUUUUAGAAAGUUGAAGGAUGUAUUUCACUAAAAAAAAACAAAGAAAUCUCACCUAUAUAUUGGCCUUUUCUUUAGCAAACGGGUUUUGGGCGGGCGGGCAGGAGGCUUGGCAUUACUGCUACAGAGUGAUGUUUGAUUGGCAAGCGGAGCAACUCAUUGGCAGUCAUUGGGGCGCAGUUUUAAAUUCUUAUAACUCGAGUUUAAAAGCUCUUAAAAACAUAACAGCAUUGUUAAAAUGUUUUAUGCUGUUCUGUGUUCAGGAAAUGAUUGCAUUCUUUUACAUUAAAAAUGUUUAAGCAUUUGUAAACUAUGAUUUUGCUCAAAUGCUCCAUAUCAACCCAUUCAUUUUGGACUCUAGCAUUUGAGAAACCCAGAUCUCUACAAAUCUCUCAACCAAUCUCUCUACAAAUUCUCUGGUAAUACUGCAACACCAAGCUGUAUCCUUCUACAUUUGAAAUGUAAGUGUUAAAUGCAGUGCAGUUAAAUGAAAAUCCUAUCAUAAUAUGUAGUUACCCUGCAGUGCCAUUGGGCGCUCAUGUCAUGAAGGGGAAUUGGUGAUAUUUCUAGUGAGGAAGGACUGAAUGCUAGGAGUCAUCCUCUGUCCAUUGCUUAGCAAUAUAUGGGUUCAGUUGGAAGUUCACAGCAAAGUUUUCAGUCACCUCUAAGCACCUUGUGCCACCUGCCUCCCUGGGUUACUGCUGUCAGCAGUUAUAUAAUAAUAGGUAUAUAAUAAAUGUUAUGUAAAUAUAUGUAAUUAAUAUUCUGCAGAACGAUUUCCAGUCUAUCUUAAUGCAAAGAUUAUUUUAAUUAAAAUAUAUAUUCAUGUCGUAAUGCCAUCAUGCAAAAAUACAGCAUAGACAUAUUAAAAUAAAUACUUUAUGACAUCAUUUGUGACAUAUAGCAAGGGAUCGGGGUUGUUUUUGAACACUUGGGGGCACCCCACCCACUUAUAUUCUCUUUAUGUAAGAAACAAAUCUAUGCCUAAUUCAUUUUGGAGAAAAAUAGCUAAAUCUCUUAACUCGCUGUAAUUUUGCUACAGACAUUGAAUAUUAAGAUACUGAAUAUGCUAAAAAGUACAUAAUCACAGUCUCCUGGUGCUUUGUGGGCCCUAAGCAACCAUUUAUACUGCUUACAGCAGGAAAACAGCCCUGCCUGUGUUAUAAAACUGGUUUAUAAUGAGGAAAUUCCUGUAAUAAUCUGAUAUUGAUUACAAACAGUUUUUCUCACUUAAGUGGUCAUGUAAGCUGCAUGUCUGUCAAUGAGGAAAAAACUUUCAUGAGCAUAUGGGACCAGUGGUAAUCCCAAUCAAACUCAUUACAGUCAAGUUGAAAGCCUGGAAUUCUAAGGCAUAUUUCUUAGCAUUGACACAUGAAGUCCUUUUGCAGGUUUGGGAAUAAAUGCUCAGGUAGCUGGGAGGCAUUCUGGCCCUGAAUGAGGAAAGACUGGGACUUUCUUUUCCUUUUUUGUUGUUAAAUUCACAUAGAUCAAGGCUUUACAGUGAUUUACAGCUAAACACUACUGUCAGUGAUACUGAUUCAUUAUGGACUUUCAUUUACAUUCAUUUUAUUGAGUUUAAUAUUUUUGAGUCUAUUUCUAAAACCAAAUGACCUUGUUACUGCAUAACAAUGUACCAACUGAUUUGCAUGUUUGUAUUUGAAAAGAUUUUGGGUGUCUUGUAAGGGAGUUUAGAAAGUCAACUCUAUUACUUAGAAAACAUAGUCUGCAGUGUUUUGGGCUUUGAUGUACAUUUUUGGAAAUAUAAGAUGUGUUUCUACAAAUGAAUUAGCUAUUAGUCAUUUUACAGAAAAUCUGUAAUUAAGUGUUCUACUGCUUUUCCAUUGCCUUGAUCAGCGUAAAGAAUUAAACGUCAAACACUGUAUUACUACGUGAA